AUGGUACGUUUAUUACGUUAUGGAACUAUAUUUGGUCCAUUGAAAGAUCGUUGGCGAUAUUUAUAUAAAAAUGAUUUAUAUAAAAGAAGAAUUGAAGCUGGUCCAGAACCAGAACGUUUUCGAUCAUCAUUAAUUAAUUGGAAUUAUGAUGCAGAAUUAUAUGCAUGUACACAUCGAUUUGGUGAAAAAAUGAAUAUUGAAUCAUUACGAAAUGCUAUGACUGAUGCUUCAUUUUUAAAUCAAAUUACUAAACAACGUACAGAAGCUGGUCUUGCUGCUACUGAUCAAACAACAUUAUCAUUUACUCAUAAUGAAGAAUUAGCUAAACGAGGAGAAGAAAUAGCUGAAAAUUUUUUACGACGUGCUCUUCAAUUUUGGUAUCCAAAAUUUCCAAAAGAAGGCAUUGAUGCUGUAAUGGAAUUUCUCAUUUCGGAAUCAACAAUAGCUGAUAUUAGUUUAAAACUUGGAUUUAAAACACUUAUUCGAUGUGAUGGUCCAUCACCUCGUCCAAAAAUGCUUAAAAAUGCAUUAUUUGCUUUUAUUGGUGCUGUUGAUGAGAAUAAUGAUCGAUCAAGAGCUGAACUUUUUGUUUCUGAUUUUAUUUUAACACAUCUUGUAGGAAAAGAUAUAAAUGAAAUAUGGCAUAUUAAAAAUCCAAUGGGUCUAUUAACAAAAGUUUUAGAAGAGAAUGGACGACAAGCACCUGAAUCUCGAUUGAUAUGGGCAACAGGUGUUUCUAGUGUACUUUCAACAUACAUUGUUGGUGUGUAUUCUAAUAAAGAAUUUCUAGGAAAAAGUGCCGGUGCAACAAUCUCAAUAGCUGAAGAAAUGGCAGCUCGUGAUGCAUUGCGCCGUUUGUUUGAAACUGAUGAAAAACGAGCAUCAAUUCCUUUUGAUAAGCUCUAUAAACAUGGAUUGUUAAUAGAUAAAUAA